UAACCUUGGAUUAAAGUAAGUCAUUGGGUUGCGGACAUUUGUCCUCUUAGCUCUGCCUCACCCUUAUUUAUAGUCGGCAAAUGUAAUGUAAAGGCAUGAGCUGAUUAAAAAGACAAAAAUGGAAGAUAGUGUAAGUGAAGACGAGAGCAUUAUGCAUCCAAAACCAGAAGAAAAUAACGAUCAGGAACAUAAAGCUGCUGGUAGUUCAGGUGGGUUACUAAACCAAAUAGUAUCUACCUUCGCCGCUAAAGUGGAAGCAGCAGCUGGCGGCGGCGGAGGUGGUGGUGGUGGUGAUGAUGGUAAAGGUAAAGAAAUAGAAGAAAAGAAAGAAGUGAAGGGAUCAGGUGGUGGAAUGUUAGACAAUCUCAUGUCUCAUUUGGUUUCUCCAUCAACCCCAAAAGCACCACCACCGUCGUCGGAGGAGGGUGGUGGUGGUGGUGGUAUUAUUGAUAACAUUGUUUCCCACUUUCCGACUUCUUUACCAGAUGAUGCAGCUCCAUCGGAUGACGAGGCCUCCAUUUUAAUUCACUCCAUUGUCCAUGAUUAACCACAUUUUAUUGUUCACUGAUUCUUAGAUGGGACUUUGAAUUGUUUACUUUCUAUGUUUAUUCCAAUUGUUUCGUUCUGCCCACUUAA